GUUUACUUGCUCAUGUUGUCAAAGAAUUAACUAUUUAUAUAUCUUCUCGACAUAAUUAUAUGAAUCUAUUAGCUGAAGAUGAACAGGUCAUAGAUGAGAAAGAAAAAGAUAAUAAAUAUAAAUUACUUGAAGAGUUGUUAAAUGAGAAGCUAGAAGAAGUUACAAUCAAGCAAUAUAGAAUAUUAGUCUUAAAGGAAUUCUUUGACCUUGUAGUAUUUGACAGUAAUUAA